AAGACGCCAUUGGAGUCCAAUUAACUUGAAUAAUGGCGCGUCGUCGUCUUGUCCUGCUGCUUCUCAUCAUUGCCGCGGCGGGUGCGGCGGCGUUUGGGAUCCGACGAGAUGCGCCCAAGGCAUACUGCUUCUACGGCAUUGAGUGGACGGGAGUGCCUUACUUGCCGGGCACCGCCGCCGCCAUUUAUAUCGGCAACACCAACUCCUGCAUCGCCGGCUACCACUCGCCGCCGGACACGGCCACCUCCUACCGGUUCUGCAUCCCCUCCUGGGUGGCCUUCACCGCCAACGCCACCACCCUCUGCGGCCAACCCGCCGUCGACCACUCCGCCGCCAUCUCCGGCUUCAAGCGACUCAUCGGCCUACAGCCGGGAGAUCCUCACGCCAAGAGGGUGGCGCAGAUUGCGCCCUACAAGCUGGGGGAAAAGAUCGGGAGAUGCAGCAUCCAGGUCCAACUGGACGAUGGCGCCAAGUGCCGUGUGGAGGAUUUCCUUCCCGAGGAUGUCGCCGGCAUCCUCAUCGCCCACCUCAAGAGCACGGCGGAGGCGCACCUGGGCCACCGCAUCGACAACGCCGUCGUCACCGUCCCCGGCCACUUCAAUGGAAACCAAAGGCAAGAGGUCAGCUCUGGUUCCACCGAGUACGGCGGCUUCCGCUACGUCUCCGUCGUCGACGAGCAGGUCGCCGCGGCCGCCGCGCACGGCCUCCACGAGGACCGGGGCGACGGCAAGGUCAUCCUCGUCUUCCACCUCGGCGGCCGCACCGCCCACGCCACCAAGUUCGUCAUCCGGGACGGCACACCCAGCCUCAUCGCGCUGCGCCAUGACCCCUUCCUCGGCGGGGACGACUUCACCGCCAGGGUGGUGGAUCACAUGGCCGACCUCAUCAAGGACAAGCACGGCGGCAGGGACGUCCGCGCCGACGCCGCCGCGCUCCGCAGGCUGACGGCGGAGUGCGAGCGCGCCAAGAAGGCGUUGAGCUACCAGCAAGAGACGGUGGUGACCAUGCGCUUGGACGACGACGACGACUUGUUCUCGGAGCCUCUCACGCGCAGCAAGCUGGAGGAGCUGAUCGGCGACCUGGUGGGCAGAGCGGUGGACCUGGUGGAGAGCUGCGACGCUAGUGGCGGCGACGUUGUGGGCGUCGACGAGAUCCUGCUGGUGGGUGGAAGCACGAGGAUCCCCAUGGUCCGCGACCUCGUCAAGGACUACUUCCAUGGCAAGGAGGCCAGCAACGAGAAGGGCGUGGAGCCUGACGAGGCGGUCAUUCGCGGCGCCCUUCUUCUUUCCCACCCACACCAGGCUAGGUACCUCGACCCUUGCUACGACUACUGGCAUUCCCGCUAAUGCUAAUGUUCCUCCUCCUCCUCAUGCCUCUUACUAUUAGCUUGAGCAAUUUCACAUCCAAUAUUGGCUGCCUAUAUAUCCCUCAUGCAUGUUAACUGUCUUUUAGAUCAACAUCAUCGAAUGAUGAACUACUGUCUAUUGUGUUUAA